AUGGCUUGCUGUGUGAUCUUGCCAAGUCCUGAGUUACAUGCUGAGUCUCCGCGUAACGGUUUUGAGGGCGAGGAGUAUGGAUUUGGGGAGACAGAUCCAGGGUAUCAGAAGACUGAUUUUUGGUACCAGCAAACAUGUUUAAGGUUGUUGUAG